CCUGACUUUCCUUUCACUUUCACUUUCUUGCGGUCCAAAACAGUAACAAGCGAGCUCAUUCCGGCAUGGAUACCGACGACGUUGUCGAGGUCGCCGCUCCGGUUUCUUGCUCUCGGAAAUUGCGAAAGAACAAGGAGUGAGGAGUCUGCUUGUGUAUAGAUGAAGUGUUGUUGAAAUUGGAGUAUCAAUCAAUCAUGAGGUGAUUGUAUCGUUAGAACAGAUGGUUCAUUAAGCGACCCAGAUAGUGAUUUCUUGGGAAACUGCAACUGUGCUUUGAAUUGGGAGCACGGUUUUGUCAAUGAAUUUGGCAGUUCUUGUCUUUUUGUAGAGAAAGAAAAUAGGUAAAAUGGCGAGUUAGUUAGAAUGUGUCGACUGCAAAGGGAGGUUUUGAGAGGAGGGCUGAAACAUGGUUGCCCUCUUUUCUCUAAAGUCAUCAUUCCAAUACUGUGAAUGCGAUAUCUUCCCAUUUUUGUGACUGUUUUGGCUAUUGGUAGAACAAUGUCUACAACACAUUUCCUACACCCAGUGCUGUUUAUAUUGUCAGACAAUUUCCCGAUAUGGUUAGUUUUCCCCUCUUAGAAGCAUUGAACCUCCAUGCGUGUUGCCAAUCUGUCUGUUAUACAACAAAGUGAAUUUGCAGGAUGUGAUUGAAUUGGACAAAGAUGAUUCUGCUGCUGCAAUGUUUAUUUAUGAGAAAAUUGACAGAAGUAUCAAAGGAAAGGCAGUGGAAAAUUCUUCAGAUGGUUACCAUAUUCAUCAAUCAAAGGAAGCUGUCCUCCAUACUUCUGUUGGUUCUUCUGGUAUGGAAACCCUUGGCUCAGUCAGUGGAAUUGAAAUUGCUAAGGAUGUCGCCCCAGCAUCAAAUCACUUUAUUGACUUGGAUGGUCCCAAUUCUGAUGCAUCUGCUGACGAUGUUGAUGACUGUACUGAUACUUGUUUUGAAGAGUUUGAUUAUGCCUUCUUGCAAUCCCAUUUCGAUAAUGUGGGUAUUCCUCCUGGAGUAGAGGCGCCUGUCCCUCAUAUUCCUUGGUUGUCAGAUCCUCCUAAAAGUAAUGUAAGUUCAGUUUCUGGAAGUAGUUCUGUUGAUACAAGGUAUCAAAUGAAAUCAGAUUAUGUUGGCCUCCAUGGAAAUGAGCUGUUUCCCUGGACAGAUCCUCCUAGUUUCAACUUUAAGCCAACCGUUGUGGGUAGUUCAAGCUUGAAGACCCAAACAGACAGUAUCGGUCACCCAAAUGGACAGUACCAGUCAUCUUGGAAACUUCCAAAAGCUGCUAGAAGCAGAAAGAAACAAUCUGCUUCACAUCCCCAAGUUAGUGCUCCUAGUCUCCCAGUUGGAGCAGAACCAUCAAAAUCUCAAAGGCUCUUAGGAGCUUUGCAGCGUAAAAAGAAGCUAUUUUCUUCAAGUAGUUCGACUAAUUAUGAUGCAAUGAAGUUCGAUACUGGAGCCGAGACAUCUUUUUUUGGACAUAAUUUACCCUACAGUCCAAUUUAUCCUCAUGGAUUACAGUCACCCUGGUUGUCAGAUUCUUUGUCAGCAAUUAGUGCUAAACCAAAUCAUUCAAGUUUCUACGGUCCAAUUGGUUCCAUAUACCCUCCUGGAGAGUUAGUAGGUAUCCCUUGGGUUAAGGGUGUUUCCCAAACUCAACACAAUGUCACUGCUGCAAGCCUUUCAACAACCCCUGCUAGACAAUUGUCUAGCAAGGAAAUAGAUGAAAUUAUGCAGAAGUACAAGGGUUUUAAACAAUUUGAUACAGUUGAAGAUCAUUCAGACCAUCACUAUAUACUCUCUGGUACACUCAAUGGUAAUUCAAUGACUCAGCCACCAAAGAACUGGGCAAAGAGAAUUCAGGAAGAGUGGAAGAGCCUGGAGAAAGAUUUGCCUGACACAGUAUUUGUUAGAGUCUAUGAGACAAGGAUGGAUCUUUUGAGAGCUGUAAUUGUUGGAGCUGAGGGUACUCCUUACCAUGAUGGUCUCUUUUUCUUUGAUGUUUCCUUCCCCAGUGGUUACCCCAAUGUGCCACCGCAUGUCCACUACCACUCGGGUGGCCUUCGACUAAAUCCAAAUUUGUAUGGUUGUGGAAAAGUAUGCCUCAGCCUUCUCAACACCUGGUCUGGGAACUCAAAAGAGAUGUGGAUCCCGGGUGUGUCCACCAUUCUACAAGUCUUAGUGUCCAUACAAGGGCUGAUCUUGAAUACAAAGCCCUACUUUAAUGAGCCUGGAUAUGCAUCUAUGAAUGGUUCAGCAGCUGGUGAAACAAGGUCCCAGCAGUAUAAUGAGGAUACCUUCCUCCUAUCUUUAACAACGAUGGUAUACAUGAUGAGGAGGCCUCCAAAGCAUUUUGAGGAUUUUGUUGUGGGGCAUUUCCGGGAUCGUGCUCAUGACAUCCUGGUGGCAUGUAAAGCAUACAUGGAUGGUGCUCAAGUGGGAUGUCUGGUCAAAGGUGGGGUUCAGGAUGUUGAUGAGGGUGACAAGAGUUGUUCUCAGCGGUUUAAGGAUUCUUUAGCAGGGCACAUGCCGAUGCUUGUCAAAGAGUUUACACAUAUAGGUGUCAAGGAUUGCGAGAAAUAUGUAUCAGCAGCUGUAAAUGGGAACGAGCAGAUUGGUAGUAUGCCGCAGGCUGCAACAUCAAUGGUUUCAUGUUGAAAAAAAAAAAAAUGAUUUGACAACUGAUUGAACAUCUCAUCUAUCUGAGAGAUGCGGACUUCGAUUCCUUUCUUAUAUAUUUUUGACUCUUUGGCAUCCUCUCCUUUGAACCUUCUUAGCAUUAGUGGUUAGGACCAUAGGACGGACAGGUUUCCUAUCCAAAAUAGGACGGACAGGUUAAUUUCAGAUUUUGAAGUUCCCUUGGUAGGUUUCUGAACUGACAACAAUAUAAGUAGUUUAUGGUGCUUCAAGAGGCAUUAGAAUUUUUAUAGCACUUUCAGUUCCCUGUGCGUACAUAUGUUUUCUUCAAUGCCAUUAUGGACGGGAUUGCUUAAAGUGACCAUGUUAGAGCAUGAGUUAGUUUCAGAAACCUCUUGUUUAUCAUAAAUUCGUAACCAUUACUCCAAGUUGUACA